CCCCUACGUAUCCAUGCUAUCAGGCCGAGAUUCAGUUUGCUUGAGGUGUGGACAUGGUGUGGACAUACUGACAGCAGCGUGGCAGUGGCUUCAUUGAGAUCUAAGUAAAUUUUUGGAGUGUGGUGAAACAACACUGCAGCUUUAACCUCUGUGCCUCCCACAGGCUGCCCUGCAUGAGUGUAUGUGGGACUGGAGAUCCAGACACAGCUGUUUUAUCUCUUUGGACGCAAAAGGAGGCGUAAGAGUAGUUUGUGUGUGCGUUUGUAUUUUUGUCUAUGUCUAAGUUCAGAGAGAGAAAGUUCUGACAUUCAUUUGACCGCUCACCAUGGAAAGCCUGGAUUUCGAAAAGAAGGAAAAACGUUACUUCAUCCGUGGUAAACAUGCCGCUAUCAUCUGUGCAGUUGUCGUUGUAACGGGUGUUGCUGUGGGUCUUGGGGUUGGUUUAAGCCAGAAGACCUCGUCAUCAGAAGAUGAAACCAAACCAACACCAUCUCCGGGACCAACACCAUCACCCACAUCCCCACCUGAUGAGCGGGGUCCCUGCAAACCAUCCAGCAACACAAACGGUGGCUGGAACAAUUUCCGCCUUCCUGACCACAUCAUACCUUUCCAUUAUGAUUUGCACCUGGAGCCUGACCUGAACACAGAUACCUACACUGGGAGCGUGUCCAUCCACCUCAACCUUACGCAACCGAGCUCGCAUCUGUGGCUCCACAUCCGGGAGACGUUUGUCACUGUGGUACCCACUUUAGAUCAUAAAGGGCCGUCUGGCUUGACAUCGGUGAGAGUGAAGGAAUGCUUUGAGUUUAAGCCGCAAGAGUAUGUGGUGGUGGAGGCGUCCGAGCAGCUGAAAGUCACUGGAGCAGAUGAAAGCUACAUACUUACUCUUCAAUUUCAAGGCUGGCUUAAUGGAUCUCUGGUGGGUUUCUACAGGACCACUUAUAUGGAGAAUGAAGUUCUCAAGAAAAUUGCUGCUACAGACCACGAACCCACGGACGCUCGUAAAUCUUUUCCCUGUUUUGAUGAGCCUAACAAAAAGGCCACCUACACAAUCUCUAUCACGCAUGACAGCGCAUAUGAAGCUCUGUCCAACAUGCCUGUUGAGAAAACUGAAAAAUUGUCAGAUCAAAAGACCAAAACCUCCUUUAAAAAAUCAGUAAAGAUGAGCACCUACUUGGUAUGUUUUGCAGUGCAUCAGUUCAAAUACGUGGAGCGGAUGUCAAAGAGAAACAUACCAUUGCGGAUCUACGCCCAACCUUUGCAGCUAGAAACAGCUAAUUAUGCUGCCAAUGUCACCAAGAUCAUAUUUGACUACUUUGAGGAAUAUUUUGAUAUGCAAUAUUCCAUAGAGAAACUAGAUAAGAUAGCAAUCCCAGAUUUUGGGACAGGUGCAAUGGAGAACUGGGGUUUGGUCACCUACAGGGAAACCAAUCUGCUGUUUGAUGAGAAAGAGUCCUCGUCAAUCAACAGACAGCGCGUGGCCAGUGUCAUUGCACAUGAGCUCGUUCACCAGUGGUUUGGAAAUAUUGUGACCAUGGACUGGUGGGAUGACCUGUGGCUGAAUGAGGGCUUUGCUAGUUUCUUUGAAUAUGUUGGUGUUGAAGAAGCUGAACCUGACUGGGGCAUGCGUGACAUCAUGCUUACCGGUGAUGUAUUUCCUGUCAUGGUCGAUGACGCUCUCCUUUCCUCCCAUCCUAUUAUUGUGGAUGUGUCAAGUCCAGCUGAGAUCACAUCAGUGUUUGAUGGUAUCUCGUAUAGCAAGGGCGCAUCUAUUUUAAGGAUGCUGGAGGACUUGCUAGGCCGAGACAAGUUCAGGGAUGGAUGUCGUACAUACUUGAAAACAUACACCUUCCAAAAUGCAAAGACUGCAGACUUCUGGAAAGCCUUGGCUGAUGAGAGUGGCUUACAGGUAGCAGACAUUAUGGACACGUGGACAAAGCAGAUGGGAUAUCCUGUUCUAAGUUUAACCACCACAGGCACUGAGGCUAAACUCACCCAAACCAGGUUUCUCCUGGACCCCAAUGCUGACCCAACCCAGCCCACCAAUCCCCUGGGCUACAAAUGGACUAUACCUGUCAAAUGGCAGUCAAUAAACUCCAACCAGAACUCCAUCAUUUUUGACAAAGGACAGACAGAGAUGGUCAUUCCUGGCUACUCACCUACCAAUGAUGGUCUCAUCAAAGUCAACAAAGACCACAUGGGCUUUUACCGAGUAAAUCACAUUGACAGUAUGUGGAGUGCUAUCAGUGAGCAGCUUCUCGCAGAUCAUCUGGUGUAUGAUGCAACUGACAGAAGCAGCUACGUUGAUGAUGUGUUUGCAUUUGCACGGGCAGAUAUCGUCGAUUAUGGAAAUGCUUUCAACCUAACAAUGUAUUUGGUUAAUGAAACCGAGUACAUUGUGUGGGAUCGAGUGUCUGCUUCAAUCUCAUACGUGGCAAACAUGCUGGCUGAUGAUACUGAGCUGUACCCUGCAUUUCAGAAACUCUUCCGAAACCACGUGCUGAAGAUAUCCAGAACUCUUGGGUGGGAAGAUGAAGGGACCGAAACACAGAGGCUACUGAGAGAGACGGUGCUAGGCAUUGCAUGUCAGAUGGAGGAUGAGGAUGCUCUUAAUCAAGCAUUUGAUAUUUUCCAAAAAUGGAUUGAUGGAACAUUAAGCAGUGUGGCUGUAAACUUGCGGUUGCUGGUGUAUCGGUAUGGAAUGAAGAAAUCAGGAUCAGCAGACCACUGGGAGUUAAUGCUUCAGAAGUAUCUUGAUGCAACUCUUGCACAGGAGAAAGACAAGCUGCUCUAUGGCCUGGCUUCAGUGGAAGAUAUCAAGCUGCUUUAUAGGUUGCUUGAGGCCACCAAAGAUGAAAGCAUUGUGAAGAGUCAAGAUGUUUUUACUGUAGUGCAAUAUGUGUCCCGAAACAAAUAUGGCAAAACUAUGGCCUGGGACUGGGUCACGCUAAACUGGGAUUACUUAGUAAACAGAUACACUAUAAAUGACAGGAACUUGGGCCGCCUGCCUGCUAGAAUUACAAGCACGUACAACACAGAGCUGCAGCUGUGGCAGAUGGAGCACUUUUUUGAACAACACCCAAAUGCAGGAGCAGGUGAAAUGUCCAGAAAACAAGCUGUAGAGACUGUGAAGAACAAUAUUGAAUGGAGGAAACGAAACCUGGAGGAGAUACAGCGCUGGCUGGCGAACAACGUGUAAUAGUGCUGUACAGAAAAUUGUGACAGAUUGUACCGCAAGCCAUUACAUCACACACAUUUGUUCACAGUGUUUAGUUAAAUUAAUUCAAUUAAUUGCUCAAGGCAGCUUGAACAUGAAUCUGAAGCUAAGAGCCUUAAAUUAAAAUACUCUUAUGAAAAAACAGUAAAAUGAAUACAUGAUUACAGUACAUAUUUUCUUUGGAACCAGGCAUUAAAAAAAUCUGUAUGCACUGUAUAUUGUUUCUUUAUUUAGUUAUUAAUUCUUUGUAAAAGGUGUAAAUGUGAAAGAUGUUAUAAAGGAUGCUUAAAUUCCCAGUA